AUGUCUUCGUAUCUUAUGAAAAUGGCAAUUGGAAAUGAAAUUGAUAAAGCAGUCAAUGGUAUAUUUGGUAGUAAUGAAACAGAAGAAAAUGAAGACAAUGGCAUGUCGGGAGAAGAUCUAAUCGCCGAACAGAAUCGCCAAGCAGCUAAUGAACGAGAACGUCAAGUUCGUCAUUCUAAAAUUGAAAAAGAACGUGAAGAUGCAAGACAAAAAAUACGUGAUAAAUAUAAUAUCAAGAAAAAAGACGAUAUACCCACCAAAACAAAAAAUCAACAACAAGGAAAGGUAGAUGAUCUAAUAAGUAGGGCUCCUGAUGCAAAUGUAAAAAUUGAAAAAAUCAAUGGACCUACCAAAUCCCAAGGUACGUCAUACUUUGACAAAGAUUCGUUCGAAAUUGUCUAG